AUGUUCACUAAACAGGACAUGGAUCUGAUAGAGGUGCUAUGGAAACAAGAUGUCGAUCUUGGAUUUUCCAUGGAAAAUGCUGUUCACAAAUCAGAUAAGGAUGCCGACAUCAAAAUAAUUGACCCGAAUGACCCAACUACUUCGAUCAACGGGAAACAUGACGACCUGGAGAAAAUCAAGACUCUUCAAGCCAUCAACAAGGAAUCAGUCAAGGAAGAACCUGAAGAGAUUGAUGAUCCUUGGGCUGGGCUGGACUAUACAAUCGACACAGAAACAGGCGAGUAUGUGAUAAAAGGGGAACUCAGCCUUUCCGGAGUGGACUGCAGCUCCUCAUCGUGUGAUCUACCACUUGGCGACCUAUCUUUGCCCCUUCCCGAAUUUCUGCUCGACGAGGCACUACGUCUUGUAGAUUUGGAAGAUGAAACGUCUCAGGAAAACGCCAUAAACCUCAAGGAGCUCGAGAACCUGUCGCUGGAGGCGGCCGCCACCUGCGGCGACGCCGAUGAGCUCGCCUCCGGCAGCGAGGAGGCGGCAGCACGGCCCGACGAGCGCGAGCCCGACUUCGACUUUCUCGACGACAUGAUCCAGACGCCGCAGUUCCACCAUCCGCACCACCGGCCCCACUUCCAGCGAUGGCAGGACCUCGCGACGCUGUUGCCGAACCUGCCCGGCUCGGACGGCGCCGCCACCGUCCCCCAUCCGUACCACCCGCACCCCCUGCACAACUACCCCCACCACCCUCACCAUCCCCACCACCACCACCAUCACCACCACCACCAAAACUUCAUAUAUGAAGACAUAGAUAAGAAAGAACCUAUCCCUCUGAUCAGAGAGUGGGAAAUGAUCGAGUUUUCUGAAAAUUCUCUAAAAAUCUUGUUUGCAGGUGGCCCCAAUCUUGUCAAUGCUGUCGCCACAUCGAUGAACCUCACCAACAGCAGUGAACCAAUGGGAGAAUCGUCAAGUGCACCCCAUUACAAACUCGAACCGUCACACGACAUGGUCUAUUACCAGGUAAGAUGUCCAAUUUAUUUCCGUUCGAUUUCAAGGGGCAGGUAG